AUGGCGCCAGGUCGACUUCGAGUGUUUGUGGUGCUUGUAUUGGUACUCGUUUUUGCCCGUCUAUCAGCUCCUUCAGUUCAGAGAUUAUACCACCUUUUCCGACUACCGCUCAUAUGGCCUAACUCUUCGGCUAGAGCGAUUAUUUCUCAGCAACGCGACCAUUUUGAUGUGACCUUUUCCUCAUUCCCGGCCAAUUACUCUACGGAGGAUGCGGGCUUCAGUCUGUUGGUUCCAGCGAGACUGCAUCAUAUAUAUCUCGGCCCAAAUACUCCGCAUGCAGAAUGGCUUGCAGCCAGGGCCGAUUGUCUCAAGCAGCAUGAUUCGUGGGAAGCUUUUCUCUGGAAUGACAGCAAUGCGCCGCAAUUCGUGGAGGAGAAUUAUCCUCACCUCUAUGAUAUGUGGAAAAGCUAUCCGUUCAUUGUCCAACGUGUUGACGCUCUACGUUACAUGGUGUUGCAGAAGUAUGGAGGUGCUGUUCUUGACUUCGACCUGGCCUGCAAACGCUCACUUGAGCCUCUUCGUCAGUUCAACUUCGUCGCACCGGCUGCCCAUCCUGCGGGCUUUUCGAUUGGCAUGAUGCUUGCCUCACCCAAUCACCCUUUUGUCAAAUCCCUGGUCAACAGUUUACCUAAUUUCAAUCAUGCGUGGCCGUUUCUGUCAUAUGUGACAAUCAUGUUCAGCACUGGCUGCCACUAUGCUUCGUGGGUGUCUCCAAUGAUCUACGAAUCAUCUGUAUUGCUACUGACCAAUUAUUCUCUGUGCAGGACCGUUUAUACCCUACAAAAAGACCGAUCGGAUCUUCGCAUUCUCUCUGGGACUCCUGACAACCCAAAUAUGCAUAUGUUGAACGGAUUUGUCGAUACUCCCCUCUUCCGCCAUCUUGGCUCCUCCUCGUGGCACAACAAAGACGCCCGUCUGAUCCUUCUGCUGAAGGAUAUCGAGCUGAAAAUGACAUUCCUUGCCUCUGUAAUUGUCAUUGGAGUCUUGGCCUCACUGUUCUUGUGCUGCCGUUGGGCGCGACAUCGUUUGUCGUCACGACAAGACGUCGAAUCCAACUUACGAAUUCCUUCCCUCAAGUAUAUGUAG